AUGGAUGGGAGAUUAAAUUCGGAUUCAGCCAAUACUCCGGUUCAGCCAGUACUCCGGUUCAGCCAGUACUUUGUUUCAGCCAAUACUCCGGUUCAGCCAAUACUCCGGUUCAGCCAAUACUCCGGUUCAGCCAAUACUCCGGUUCAGUCAAUACUACGGUUCAGCCAAUACUCCGGUUCAGCCAGUACUCCGGUUCAGCCAAUACUCCGGUUCAGCCAAUACUCCGGUUCAGCCAGUACUCCGGUUCAGCCAAUACCUCGGUUCAGCCAAUACUCCGGUUCAGCCAGUACUCCGGUUCAGCCAGUACUUUCAGUCAAUACUCCGGUUCAGCCAAUACUCCGGUUCAGACAAUACUCCGGUUCAGCCAAUACUCCGGUUCAGCCAAUACUCCGGUUCAGUCAAUACUCCGGUUCAGCCAAUACUCCGGUUCAGACAAUACUCCAGUUCAGCCAAUACUCCGAUUCAGCCAAUACUCCGGUACAGCCAAUACUCCGGUUCAGCCAGUACUCCGGUUCAGCCAAUACUCCCGUUCAGCCAAUACUCCGGUUCAGCCAUUACUCCGGUUCAGUCAAUACUCCGGUUCAGCCAGUACUCCAGUUCAAUUUUCCUAAACUCUCCCAAUAA